UAAUGUUAAGUUACAGACGACUCUGAAGGUGUAGGCUGAGGUGUACAGCUGACCCACAUUUCAUUUAGUUUUCCCAAACAGCGAAAGGCUGCGUUCUGUUAUAUAGAUAUAUCUGUCUUUACAACCUCAGCAACAAUGGGAAAGAAAAAAUCUGGCGCCACCGAAACGAGCACAGCGGAGCCACGGAGAAAAUCCUUACGGUUGAAAGGGAGGGAAGACUCAGAAACUUUGCCAGAAAAGACAAAGGCACCUUCCAAGGCGGCCACAAAAACGGCUAAAGCAGCAGCAAAGCCCAAGCCCAAGGGUAAAGCCAAGGCCGAGGAGAAGAAAGACGAACCCGAGGUUGAGAAGGAAGAGGCCGCUGCAGAAAACGGCGAGGAAAAAUCUGAGAAGAAGGUUGUUGCAGCAGCAGAAGAGGCAGACGAUGCUGAGGACAAGGCUGAUGAGGACAACGAAGAUGAAGAGGAGGAGGAAGAUCAAGAAGCAGAGUAGUGACACCCCAACACACUCUUGCCAGGACUCCCUGUACCUCAUUUCUUGUACAAUGCAGAGAAUAUUUUUAUCUACUAUUUUCAUAAGACAGUAAUGUUUUUAGGCAUCCGAUUGCAAAAAUCCACUUUUUUUUAUACUACAAAUUCCAUUCAGUUUUAUGGCUUCUCGGUCACUUUGUCGGUUUUUCUCUGUUCCGCGUUUCUCUGGCUUCUUAUUUGGCCUCCUUAGUUUUUAGUUGUUCUGCAUGACAUGAAGUUGUGCUUAUAUCAGGAAUUAAAUGUUCAACUUCGGGGGAGUUUACCUGAGACAUUUCCAAGGUGUCUUGAGGGAUUUUGUAACCUGUACUGUUAUGGAAUUUAAAACAUCGUAAUACUAUGUGUUUGAUAGGGAAUAGGAUGAUUACAAGUUUAAGAGUUGUGAUCUAUGCUAAGAAAGUCUUGUUCGCAAUGCUCACUUCAUGUUCACUAGUUCUGGACUUGUUUUGUUUUUAUAUGCUGUCAGUGAUGGUACAUCUGAGGAUGGUUAGACUAAUCCAUGCUCUCUGUGCUCAAAACAAAAUGCAUUACAGAGCUUAUCACUCUUUUUCUUCUCUUUUUUUUUUUUUGGAUUACUGUAUUUUCACCUCAGUCUACAAAAUGUGUCCCACAUAUUUGUGGAUAUAUACAUUGCGGUUUUGGGAUUUCUCUUCCAAUGUACAGUUUCCUCGGUUUUUAAAUAAGAAAAAAUAAAAUAAAAAAAUGUUUUGUUUGUGAAUCAUAAAAUGCCAAUUAAAAUGGGAAUUCCUCUGA